CUAUAUUUGAACGGCGAUGCUAUCAAGCAAAGUCGCCGCCCUUUCUGCGGCCGAGCGGCCGUCGUAUGUCGUGCGCCGGGACAGACCCAGCCACGUCGUGCGAUUCAUUCUCGUUCUCAACCUCCUCUCCAUGUCCCUCAAGGCGUACAUCUCGGAAGCCUUUCCAUGGUCCCCGCUGCCCUUCCCCACGACCGUCUUUGCCAACUUUUCGGACUUCAACACGUCGACACUCGCCGAGAGUCAACGUCGGUACAAUCGAAGGACGCUGCCGACCCUCAACACGUACACGUUUGAUUCGAUGCAAAACAGCCACGUGCUCCGCCACGUCUUCGCUCGGACACGAACGAUCCCAGAGACCGACUGCACGACCGACGCCAUAGCUGGCAUUCCCGGGGCCAUGUACAUUGGCUCCUCUGCCCGAUCCGUCAUCUGCCAGUGCGCCGCAUCGGCCAAUAUGACUCAAUGGCAUCUUCGUGGCGGGUGCUACUACGACAAGCAGCUCUCGCAGCUCAACGGCCACACGUGCGUGUGGGUGACGGCCGGCGAUGACAUUAUCGGCACGGAUGCCAAUGAGACGAUCACCAUCACCCACGUGUACACGCCGAUGGUGCUCUCGCCAACGUUUGUGUGGCUCAAGUUUUUGUACCGUCUCAGUAUCACGGGCGUGGUCGGCUACCUUCUCCAUACAAACUACAACGUUCACGUACGGGAGCUGGAGCGUGCGCUGCGGCGGUAUGGGCACCGACGUGACAUCUCGGGCGACUGGUCGUACACGAUUGUGAUUGGCGACCCGACUGUCCUUGUUCUGGCACACCCGCUGGUGACGCUUGGAUUUGUCUUGGACGUCUGGCUGAGCACGGACAAUGUCGGGAUCGCCACAUUGCGUGCGUCGCAGCUCAACGACCCGCUGCUCAUGUUCCAGACCACGCUCUACUUGUCUCGACUGGUCUGGUUUGCGUACGCCGCAUUGAGCCUUGUCAAUAUGCAGCUCAAGCGCUGCCAUGUCGAACACCGCUUCAAGGCCGUGGACCCCACUAUCGUGGCAAUAGCGGUCACAAUCUACAGCUUUGUGCUGUCGUGGGCCGGCCAGAACGUACCAUUGCUCGUUGCGCUCUUCCAGUGGCUCUACCGCCUCCCGGUGCCGGCGUCACGCCAAAAUGAAGAGCUGGAGCUUAUCCUGAGCUGCAGUGUCUUUACGUUCAUGAUCACGAUCGGUCCAGUCACCUACGGCUUCUUUGCCAUGUGCUUGGAGCGUGUACUCCCCCCACACCCGGGGAUUUCAUACCACUCGCAGAGCUACACCAAUAUAAAGAACCGGGUGCUGUACGCGCUACUCCACCACGGUGGCUGCUCGAAACGAAACGAACCCGCGCGACUCUCCCUUGGUGGCACCGUACACGAAGCUUUGACCCAGCACCCCCGUGACAAGCGCUGCGUCACCAUGAGCUGGCGCGCGACCGACUGCUUCGUCUUGUGCUACAGCGAGGAUAGGGUUCUCGAUACGACAUUGCGUCUGAGUUUGGUCGCGAGUGUCGAUCCACCUCGUCGCGCCGCACGUGGUGUCACGCCCGAAAAAACCUCGGAGCCCUCUGUCUAUGUCGUGAGUCAGUUGGCACAGCACCCGGGCCCAUGGGGCAGUGAUACGAGUCCGUACUCUUUCGUGCACCCGGCCACGGGGCCGACCGCAUGGUGCCUCUAGCGUUUUCAUUGUAGUAACGACGAAUCACUGCAUUCUCAGAGCU